AUGGCUGCCUGAGGCAUAGAAAAGGGAGCGGGGCUCGGCCAUUAGUCGGCCCGGCCGUGAAGCGUCUAUUUAAAUUUUUGUGUGGUUGUUUUCAACCUUCUCUUCGUCCGCAUCUCCUCCUACCAGGAAGAAAGAAAGAAAGACAGAAGAACCAACGGCCACCGAAAGGGUUACAUCCUUGACCGUGUCUGACGGUGAAACAAGUCUGGUGUCUUGAUACUUGGGUCCUUGUUUUCGUACCAGCUGGCCCUGGUCAACGCAGGAGACUCCAGUGCGAUGGCGCGUACCCAGGAAAAUGCCUCCAUCGGCAUCAUUGGCAUGGGGGAUAUGGGCAAGAUGUAUGCUCAGCGGCUGAGUGCUGCAGGAUGGAGGGUCAAUGCCUGUGACAAGCCUGACAACUACGAAGACUUGCAGAGUGAAUUUUCGUCUCAACAAAGGAUCAAAAUAUUCCCCAAUGGACACCUGGUUUCCCGGGUUAGCGAUUUCAUUAUCUACAGUGUAGAGGCUGGUGUGAUCGAUCGAGUAGUGGCACAGUAUGGCCCAUCAACCAAGGUCGGCGCUAUUGUCGGCGGCCAAACGUCUUGCAAAGCGCCCGAGCUGGCUGCAUUUGAAAAACAUCUGCCGACGGAUGUAGAGAUUGUAUCUUGCCACUCGCUUCAUGGACCUAAGGUCAACCCCAAGGGGCAGCCUCUGGUCAUUAUCCAACAUCGAGCUUCGGACGAGAGCGUACGGUUCGUCGAGGAUGUCUUUUCAUCGUUUGGAUCAAAGUAUGUCCACCUCAGCGGCGAAGCGCACGACCGGAUCACCGCCGAUACCCAAGCGGUCACGCACGCUGCGUUCCUGAGUAUGGGGACCGCAUGGCAGGCCAACAACCAGUUUCCGUGGGAGAUCUCGCGGUGGGUGGGGGGCAUCGAGAAUGUGAAGAUGAACAUCACGCUGCGGAUCUAUGCCAACAAAUGGCACGUCUAUGCCGGGCUGGCCAUCCUCAAUCCGGCGGCGAAGAAGCAGAUCCGCCAGUAUGCCGAGUCCGUGACGGAACUAUACAAGCUCAUGAUCGGAGGUCAUCGCGAGGAGCUCAAGCGUCGCGUCAAGGCUGCGGGCGCGGCGGUCUUCCGGUCCGACACGGAGGGUCAGGAUCUCCUGCUCAAGGACGAGGUGCUCGAUCGGUUCUCGCUCGGCAACACGCCUCGCGACCAGUCGCCUCCGAACAACCAUCUCAGUCUGCUUGCGAUUGUCGACUGCUGGUCGAAGCUCGGCAUCGUCCCGUAUGACCACAUGAUCUGUUCCACUCCGCUCUUUCGCCUGUGGCUCGGAGUGACCGAGUACCUUUUCCGAAACCCAGACCUUCUGGAGCAGGCGUUGGACACGGCGAUCGACGACAGCACAUUCCGGUCCGAUGACCUUGAAUUCACCUUUGCAGCGCGGGCCUGGUCGGAUUGCGUUUCGUUUGGCGACUUUGAAUCGUACCGGGAUCGCUUUGAACGGAUCCAGACUUACUUUGCUCCUCGAUUCCCCGAAGCCCUCCGUCUGGGCAAUGAGAUGAUGAAGACCAUCCUGGAGAAGACGGCUGAUUCCUAGAG